GAGGAAGAUCUGCUGUGAACAAAAGCAUGUUGGUGAUCUGGCGAGUGGUGGAUGGGGCAGAGCACUGCUGUUGUUCAGAGGAUGGUUUGAUGGCUCUUCACGUAGAGCUUUCCAUGCCUCUUUUGCAGUAUCCAGGGUGUUAAUCCUCAGUGUUGGCCACAUUCCAGCGUGACCAAUUCCAUUCUGCUGAUGCAACUUCUGGCAAUGUUGAGCAUAUCAGCACUGCUCACUUACCCUGUGCUGUUGUGAGAGGCUGGUUUCAAAGAGCGCACUGGUUUCACUGGUGUCUGAGGUAUCUAAGAGAGAUUCCUUGCAAGCCCAGGCCAAAUAACUUGGUGUCUGCUGUGCUUUGAGAUCGUGGAGCGUGACGUGGCUGUUUGCAGGUGACUUUGAGAGCUAUUUAAAGUUAAAUCCACAGAGCAGUGGUGGUGGCAGGCAGGAGGCUUAACACAGGAGCCUUGAAGAGGGACUAUUAGCUGCAUGUGCUCCAAAAACGCACAGUUUUGGUUAGAGGAGAUAAUACAAAGAAUGUGAAGUGUCUCAAAGUGCCUCAAUCUUAGUGGCAUUUUCCUGUGUUGUUUAGGCUGAGAUUCCCCCAAAAUCUUCAUAACAAUAUUUUGCCUUUGUUUCUUGUUCAUCUGUUGUUCUUGGAAAGACAUCACAGGCAGUGGUGGACUUACCCUCAUGACAUCCUUCCACUGAGAGAAACGUCUCAUUGUGAAACAGGGUCAAACAGGUUGGGGUUGUCACUGUCUUUUGGCUGCUGGUACAGAGGAAUGCUGUCAUGGAUAGCAGGGACAGGAGUGGCCACAGCAGGUUUUUGGUGCUGACUUAGGCUUCCAUAGGAAAUGAGGCCUCAUCCAUCCUGUCUAAACCUUACAAAACUCUUUGUUUUUCACUUCAUAUCAAAGAGCUGCUGUUAAACUGCACAAAAUAGGGGGAAACUGGUGAGGAACUCAGCAGUGGGAAUUGCAGCUCUGGAAGAGGGGGGAGUUGCUUUGGUUGGCACAGGGGUAAAAGAAAGAACAGAAGACUGUGCUCUGCUGAGACAGUGCUCCUCAGGUGUGCUGUGGAGCUUGAAGUGAUGCAGCUUUGGGGUGUGCAAGUUGGCUGUGCCACAGGGAGAGCAGCGCUGGAGGGCACAGAGCAGCUUUUCCUUCUGGGAUAGUUUGUUCCUCCACUCUGCAUUAGAUGCGCUUGCCUCCAUCCAACAGAUAGCAACGUUGGAGUUGAAGCUGUGCCAGUCUGUGGAAGAGACAUUCCUGGUCAGGAGCUUCAGCACAUGGCCUGGUUUGGUGUUUUCCCUUUGGGAAUGCCUGGUUUAGCGCUAGGAGUACAGGGCUUGCUUGUGAUGCUGUUUGAAGCCAAGAUUCCUUGAAUCUGAGGAGCAGGAGAUAGGAGACAUCCAUAGUCACCUUGUUCUCUGCUGUGCUGGGCCAGAUCUGCUCUUGGAUACUCUGCACACCAGUUCAUAGUCACGAUGAGUGACUCGCUGUGACUCUGUGCUGGCUUUUUCCCAUUGGGAUGGCUGGGAUUUCCCUCUGAUGUCAUGCUGGCAGCGGGGAUCUGUGUUGCCUGCAGUCGUGUUAGUUUUCUAAUAGUGCCUUGUACCAUCAGAACAUCCAAAAGCCCUUCAGCAGGGAAAGCCAAGCUGUGCCGUGGUUGUCGCUCUUAGCUGGCCUCGGGCAGGAGGACAUGGACACGGUGUCCUGCAGCACCAAGUCCUGGGACAUUCUGUUCUUGGAAUGCUCCUCCAGAGCGUGGUUUGUGAAAAGCAGUGAGUGUUUGACAGUCAGGCUCGGAAUAGGUUGUACUUCGUUUGGGUUUAAGUUUCUCAUGUGAUGUAGUUUGAUUCUUUGCAGCGUUUCUUUGUGUUUCCUGAGUGGAUCUUUUGCAGCUGCUGUUGUUGGAAAGUGUCCGAGCACAACGUGUGCUACCUUGGAGAAAAGGGACUGUCACUAGCCCAUCCGUUGCCCUGACUCUUGCCCUUGGAGGAAGCCAGUCAUGGGGGAAACAGGCAAAGAAGAGUAUAAAAUACAGUCGUUCGACACCGAGACGCAGAAGCUGCUGAAAACAGCCCUCAAAGACCCCAGCAAUGUAGACCUGGAGAAAGUGGCCAACAUUAUAGUGGACCAGUCCCUCAAAGACUGCUUGUUCAGCAAGGAGGCAGGGCGCAUCUGCUACACCAUCAUCCAGGCAGAGAGCAAACAAGUUGGGCAGAGCAUCUUCCGGAGGAGCCUGCUGAACCGGCUGCAGCAGGAGUACAAGGACCGGGAGGAGCUGCGCACCCGCUCGCUCCAGGCCUGGAUCUGCUACGUCACCUUCAUCUGCAACAUCUUCGACUACCUGAGGGUGAACAACAUGCCCAUGAUGGCUCUGGUGAACCCCGUUUACGACUGUCUGUUCCGGCUGGCACAGCCCGACAGCCUGUGCAAGGAGGAAGAGGUGGACUGCUUGGUCCUACAGCUCCACCGCAUCGGCGAGCAGCUGGAGAAGAUGAACUCCCAGCGGAUGGACGAGCUCUUCUCCCUCCUCCGGGACGGUUUCCUCCUGCAGGAAGGGCUCAGCUCCCUGUCCCAGCUCCUGCUGCUGGAGAUCAUCGAGUUCCGAGCUGCCGACUGGAAGAUGACGGACGCUGCCCAGAAGUACUAUUACAGUGAAGUGACGGAUUAAGCUCUGCAGCAGAGGGGAGACGUCCCCAGCACCUUCACCAGCAAGCUUCAUACCAAGUUUGAGUUUCUUUUCACAUCAAUGUUCUUCUAGCACUUCCUAUAAAUCGGAUUGAUACUGGGUAGA